CUUCUCCUCCUCAGGCUGCAGGAAAAGGAGCCUGCCUGGCUGUUUGGUAGCGCGAUCUACUCCCUUCGCUCCCGCCAACAGCCGUCAACCACCAGCACCACCGUCCGCCGCCUGGAUUACCGCCGACAGGGGCGAGGUCUGCCCGUGGGUCCCAUCCACGCUUAAGCACCGUGGAGGGAGAGGAAAGGGAGGGAGACGCGGAGUGGACUCGCCGCCGCUUUGCAAGGCGCACAAGCCGUAUCGGGGGGUCAAGAGCGAGCGGGCGAGGAAAGAAGCGCUGGGAGCAAAGCAUCCGCACGCACAUCUCUGAUUUGCCUCCAAACACGGGAUCGCUCCGGAUGAGGACGACGACGGUGCCCACGGCCCUCCUUCCGUGAGAAGCGAGUGAAAUCGAGAGUCUGUUUGGAAAUGGCAAAGGCAGUGACGCCUGGAAAGGGAACAAGUGUGGGAAAAGGCAGAGGAAACCGGAGCUAAAUGACAGGAUGCAGGAGACUUGAGGAGGUUCCUACACACAUCAGAGAAAAAGAGAAGCUUCUCCUGCUCGCCCACCGGAGGGACUCUUGUUGCUGCUGCUGCCGCCGCUGUGCAACUAAGCCAGAUUUUCUGAUCUUUUCCAUUGGCCCUAUCAAUAGGAUUUAAGAUCUAAAGAGGAAUUGUGUACCAUCUUGCAGGAUAUUUUCUUCUUCUUCUUCAUUCCUUCUGAACAGAAAAAGGAAGAUGGACUGGGGAGUCCUUCUGCAUUACCUAGCCCUCACCUUCACCCUUGGCAGGGCUUUGAAGAGUGACAAAUGUGGUGAAAAUAUUAAGAUUGUAGAACCUGGAUAUCUCACCUCUCCUGGGUAUCCUAAUAGUUAUAAUCCAAGCCAAAAAUGUGAAUGGCUGAUUCAAGCUCCUCAACCAUACCAGCGAAUUAUGAUCAACUUCAACCCUCACUUUGAUUUAGAAGACAGAGAAUGCAAGUACGAUUAUGUUGAAGUGAUUGAUGGAGACAACGCCAAUGGGCGAGUAUGGGGAAAGUUCUGUGGCAAGAUUGCUCCCCCUCCUGUGAUAUCAACAGGACCAUACCUCUUAAUCAAGUUUGUUUCUGAUUAUGAAACUCACGGAGCAGGAUUCUCCAUUCGCUAUGAAAUUUUCAAAAGAGGACCAGAGUGCUCCAGAAACUACACAUCUAUGAAUGGGGUGAUCAGAUCACCAGGAUUCCCAGAAAAAUAUCCCAACAGCCUUGAAUGCACUUAUAUUGUCUUUGCACCAAAGAUGUCAGAGAUCAUACUGGAGUUUGAAAGUUUUGAACUAGAACCAGAUUCAAAUCCACCAGGAGGAGUGUUUUGCCGGUAUGACCGAUUAGAAAUCUGGGAUGGAUUCCCUGAAGUUGGCCCUCACAUAGGCCGAUACUGUGGGCAGAACACACCAGGUCGUGUCCGCUCUUCGACUGGCAUUCUGUCUUUGGUUUUCUACACCGACAGUGCAAUAGCAAAAGAAGGAUUCGCCGCAAAUUACACUGUCUUGCAAAACAGUGUAUCAGAAGAUUUUCAGUGUGCCGAACCACUUGGUAUGGAAUCUGGUGAAAUUCAUUCUGACCAAAUCAGUGCCUCUUCCCAGUAUAGCACUAACUGGUCUUCUGAAAGGUCUCGAUUAAAUUAUCCUGAAAAUGGGUGGACGCCUGGAGAAGAUUCCAACAGAGAAUGGAUACAGGUGGAUUUAGGUCUUCUCCGCUUUGUUUCUGCCAUUGGGACCCAAGGAGCCAUUUCUAAAGAAACUAAGAAAAGAUAUUUCUUGAAAUCAUACCGAGUGGAUAUCAGUUCCAAUGGAGAAGACUGGAUUUCAAUUAAAGAUGGCAAUAACAAACCUUUGGUUUUCGCAGGAAACACCAAUCCCACUGAUAUUGCUUACAGACCUUUUCCCAGGCCAGUCCUCACACGUUUUGUUAGAAUCAAACCUGCAAACUGGGAAACUGGGAUAUCACUGAGAUUUGAAGUGUAUGGCUGUAAAAUUACAGAUUAUCCUUGCUCUGGCAUGCUGGGUAUGGUAUCUGGGCUGAUCCCUGACUCCCAGAUUACUGCAUCAAAUGAAUUUGACCGAAACUGGCUCCCAGAAAAUGCCCGUCUUAUAACAAGCAGAGUAGGAUGGGCAUUACCCCCAUCGGCCACACAUACGUAUGGAAAGGAAUGGCUCCAAAUAGAUCUCGGUGAAGAGAAGAUAGUGCGGGGCAUAAUCGUCCAGGGAGGCAAACACAGAGAGAAUAAGGUCUUCAUGAGAAAAUUCAAGAUUGGAUACAGUUACAACGGAUCAGAUUGGAAGUGGAUUAUGGAUGCCAGCAAAAAGAAGGCAAAGAUUUUUGAAGGCAACACUAACUAUGAUACCCCUGAGCUCCGUACCUUUGAACCUAUAACAACCAGAUUUAUCCGUGUUUACCCCGAAAGAGCCACCCAUGCUGGUUUGGGAUUGAGGAUGGAACUACUGGGCUGUGAAAUUGAAGUACCUACAUCGGUCCCAACUACACCUGACAGCAAUCUUGUGGAUGAGUGUGAUGAUGACCAAGCCAACUGCCACAGUGGAACAGGUGAUGACUUCCAGUUGACAGGUAGUACCACAGCCAUGAUAACAGAAAAACCAACAGCAAUUGACACUACAGUACAGCCAGAACUUCCAGCCUAUGGUUUCAACUGCGGAUUUGGCUAUAGUUCUCAGAAGACAGUCUGCCAGUGGGAGCAUGAUAACCAAGUGGACCUGAGGUGGGCAGUGCUCACCAGCAAGACAGGACCAAUUCAAGAUCACACAGGAGAUGGCAAUUUCAUUUACUCACAAGCUGAUGAAAACCAGAAAGGCAAAGUUGCACGGCUCAUCAGCCCCAUCAUCAACCCACAGAACUAUGCACUCUGCAUGACUUUUUGGUAUCAUAUGUCGGGACCCCAUAUUGGCGUGCUAAGAAUCAAACUGCGGUAUCAGACACCUAAAGAGUAUGAGCAAGUCUUAUGGAUGCUGAGUGGAAAUCAGGGAAACCGUUGGAAAGAAGGGAGGGUCCUUCUCCACAAAUCUGUGAAACAUUAUCAGGUGGUGGUAGAAGGAGAAAUAGGAAGAGGAAAUGGAGGAAUUGCAGUUGAUGACAUUAACUUUGACAGCCAUAUAGCACAGGAGGAAUGUAGAAAAUCAAAUGAUGCAGGAAAUGAAAUACUCAAAGUAGAGCCAGAUAUUAAUCAAACAGAGUUUACUCCAGAUUACCCUGAAAAUGGGGAGCACUACGACGAUAACAUCUCCAGAAAGCCGGGUAAUGUUCUGAAGACUCUGGACCCCAUCUUGAUCACCAUUAUAGCCAUGAGUGCUCUCGGAGUGCUUUUGGGAACCAUCUGUGGAGUUAUUCUGUACUGUGCCUGUUGGCACAAUGGAAUGUCAGACAGAAACUUAUCUGCACUGGAGAACUACAAUUUUGAACUUGUGGAUGGUGUGAAAUUGAAAAAAGAUAAACUGAAUGCACAGAAUACUUACUCAGAGGCAUGAAGGCAUAGGAGCAGCUAAAGGAUUUUUUAUUUUAUUUUUUAUUUUAUUUUUUUGGAGAAUUGAGAUGGUGGAAGGACAUAGAACUAGCUGAUGCUGGGGAACUGUGGAUCUUCUUUUACUGUACAGGCUGAAAACUGCGUUGGGGACGCUGAGCCAAGCUUUUCUCAGGAGCUUCAGUGAGUGUAACAGAUAUACUAAAACAUGGACAACAAUCUGUGUUAAACAAUCUGAAUCAUGUACAGUCUACUUCUGUUUCUGAUUUAAUUUGAAAUAAUCAAAUGCUGGUGUUGAGACCAAGUAUGAUUGACUUAAGGGGGGUGUUUGAAUUUUUGUCCCUUUCUUUUUCUUCUUUCCUUUUUUUUUAAAAGCCUCCCUCUCUUCUUGAUUU